AUGGCUGCUGCCGCUGCUCCUGCGCCUGCCUCGGAGACCUCGACGCCACCCCUGGCUCGACGCCGGCCGAUGCGUCCACCGUCAACUCGGACGGCCUGCAGCAACGCCUCAUCCUCAAGCCACCUGGCGCCGCAUCGUGCCGGCUUCGCAACCUCGCUACCAGCCGCGACGGCACGGGAGCAUCCACCGCCAACUCUGGCCAGACGCUUCUCGAACUCAGCUCCCCUCUCGGCCAAGAAGAGCAAGAAGCAAAGGUCGCCGGAGGCAUCGGCGCCGUCCUCCUCUCCUUCCACGACCGCUCCAUCCGCAAGCCCCAAAGUCUCGCCCUCCCGCUAUCCACCGCUCCCUCCAGGCUGGCAGGCUGUCAUCGGCGUAGAGUGCCAUGCCCAGAUAAAGGACCGCCACAAGCUCUUCAGCACCGCUCAACUUCCCUCAGCCAACUCGGUCCCCAACACCCUCGUGGCCCCUUUCGAUGCCGCUCAUCCGGCCACCCUUCCCAGCCUCAACCGAUCCGCGCUCCGCCUUGCGAUCCGCGCGGCAAUAGCGCUGGGCUGCCACCUUCGGCAGGAAAGCCGCUUCGAUCGCAAGCACUACUUUUACUCUGACCUUCCAGCGGGCUACCAGAUCACACAGAAGUACGCACCCCUGGCAAGCAACGGGCGCAUCACUUUGAGCUUCGAGGAUGGUCACCUUCCUGGCCCCGAAGACGAAGUAGUCGUCGAGGUAGAACAGCUGCAGCUUGAGCAGGACACUGCCAAAUCCACCUACUACGACACCGGCACCGUCUCCCGGUCUGAUGCCGCGACAGUAGAGGAUGGCACCGACGCCGCAACCGCAAGGGGGACAUCUCGCAGCUUUGUCGAUCUCAAUCGUGCCGGGACCGGCCUCAUGGAGAUCGUUAGCGGGCCGCAGAUGCGCUCGCCAGAGCAGGCAGGCGCCUAUGUCCGCAAGCUGCAGGAGCUCCUCCGGAGAGUCGGCGCCUCUGACGGCAACAUGCAGGAGGGUUCUCUUCGCUGCGACGUCAACGUCUCGGUCAACCGUGCCGGGGAGCCCUUUGGCACGCGAUGCGAGGUCAAGAACCUCAACAGUGUCAGGUUCAUGAUGAACGCCAUCGCCCAUGAGACGCAGAGGCAGGUCGCGAUCUUGGAACAGGGCGGCAGGAUCGAGCAGGAGACCAGAGGCUAUGACGAGGCUCGUGGGACCACCUUCAAGCUGCGAGGAAAAGAAGAUGCCCCCGACUACCGUUACAUGCCGGAUCCCAACCUUCCUCCGAUACGACUGACCGAGGCUCAGGUCGACGACGUACGUCGGUCGCUGCCAGAGCUUCCCGAAGCGCGUCGUGCUCGACUCAAGAGCCAGUACGCCCUCAACACCCGCGACAUCAACGUCCUCAUGCGUGUCGGGUCCGAGGACGAAGGCAGCGGCAGAUUUCCGACGCCAUCUGGUGUGGCUCCGACUGCCGUCGAAUGCGGCGACGCGGUCGAUUACUUCGAGCGAAUCGCUCAGGGCAGGGAUCCUCAAAUCGCGGUGAACUGGAUCAUCCACGAAUUGAUGAAGGGCCUCAAUACGCACAACCUAGCCUUCAGCGAAGACCACAUUCCUCCGGCGCAGCUGGGAGAGCUCAUCGAUCUGGUCGAAAGCGGAAAGGUGACGGGGACCACGGCCAAGUCUCUUCUUGGAGAGCUCAUUUCCAGCCGCGCCCGGAGCGUGGGUGAAGCCACCAGUAGCGACGCGCCAGCUUCUGAUCUCGCCGGCGUCGACAUCGGUACGCUCUCCAUCUUCGACCUGCUCUCGUCGCGCGGUCUGCUUGCCCUCGGCAGCCGCGAUGACCUGCUGCCCCUGUGCAGGCAGGCAAUCGAGGAGCUCAAGCAAGAAGCGGAAAAGGUUCGGAAGGGCAACCUCAAGGUGGCCAUGCGGAUCGUGGGUCAGGUGAUGAAGAUGGCCAAGGGCCGGGCGGAUGCCAAGGUGGUCCACGAGGUCAUCCUCGAGGAGCUCGGGCAUCGCAUCGGCGACCAGAACUAG